AUGAUAUUGUACAUAUUUCCAAAAGAAGAAAAAGAUACAGUUUCCUUUUUAUCUUUAUUAAUUUCCCCCUCUUUUUCUCUUCUUAUUUGCUUUAUUCUUCUUACUUCCCAGAUUCUUUUUCUCUUUCAACAUUACUUUUAUUGUUCAUUUUUCUCCUCAUCCUCCUGCUUUUUCAUCUUUGCUUUCUACUUCUUUCUCUUUCCUUCUUUGUUUUUUUCUCUUUUUAAAAACUCUUUUUACUUCUCUUGUUCUUGCUUAGUGUACUAUUUCUUCCUUCUUUUUUUCUGUGUCUGCACUUUACUUUUCUUCUUUUUCCUCUUUCUCUUAUUAACUCUCUUUUUCUCCUUUGUUAUUCUCCCUUUUGUUCUUUGCCUUUUUCUUUGCCUUUUUUGUUCUUUGCUUUUUUGCCUUUUUCUUUGCUUUUUUUGUUCUUUGCCUUUUUCUUUGCCUUUUUUGUUCUUUGCCUUUUUUUGUUCUUUGCCUUUUUCUUUGCCUUUUUUUGUUCUUUGCCUUUUUCUUUGCCUUUUUUGUUCUUUGCCUUUUUUGUUCUUUGCCUUUUUCUUUGCCUUUUUUUGUUCUUUGCCUUUUUGCCUUUUUUUUUGUCUUUUUUUGUUCUUUGCCUUUUUACCUUUUUCUUUGCCUUUUUUUGUUCUUUGCCUUUUUGUCUUUUUCUUUGCCUUUUUUUGUUCUUUGCCUUUUUCUUUGCCCUUUUGCCUUUUUCUUUGCCUUUUUUUAUGCCUCUCUCACUUUCUCUCUUUUUAUUCCUCCUCAUUUCUUCUCUUAUUUACUUCUGCCCUUUUCUUUAACUUCCCCAAUACUGCCCUCCUUUCUCUUAUCUUUACUCCUUCAAUCUUUUCUCUUUAA